AUGAAAAGUCCGUCAAGAAGCGAUGCACUCGCUGAGAAAAUUCACAACCUGAGCCCAAUCAUCUCAGGACUGCAAACGAUCAGCGGUUCUCCAGGCCUCUCCAUCGGCGUGCUUCUUCAUGGCGAAGUAAUCUACACUGGACACCACGGCCGGAAAGACAUAACCAAAUCUGAACCGCCGAACGAUGAUACGUUAUAUCACAUUGCAUCCCUAACAAAACUGCUCACUGCGGCUGCAAUCGGGGUCCUCAUUGACGAGGGAAAGCUUCACUGGGAGACUCGAAUUCGCGAUGUCCUUCCCGAAUUCAAGCUUCGAAAAGACAUCGUCGGCCAAGAAGCAACCUUAAUCGACGUCCUCUCUAAUCGUACUGGAAUGACCUUGGGAAACGCAUUCUGGGGCCUUCGAAGUGGAGAAUUUCUGCUCCCCAAAGACCAGGUCGUUCCGACGAGCUGCGACAUCCAAGCCGUUCGACCAUUCCGCAAGAGGUUUCUGUAUACGAAUUGGAAUUAUGCACUGGCAACUGCGAUUAUUGAAAAAGUUACCGGGAAAACGUUUGGCGAGUUUGUCAAAGAAAGACUUCUGGAUCCGUUGGAUUUGAGACGAACGACACUUGGCGAUCCAGGGACAGAUAAUGUGGCUAUGGCUCAUGCUAUCUAUGACAACGGCACAGCUUGUAAAAUCCCAUUUCCGAAUCUCUCGGAUGAAACGGGAAUGGCUGGUGGUGCUGCUGGGAAGAGUUCUAUUAGGGAUCUUUUAAUCAUGUAUAAAUCACUGCUUUCCGCCUACAAACACCAGCUCAAAUCAGGAUUAACGUCAACACCUGGAUCACCAUUCAAACAACUCAAGACUGUCUUCGCGCCACAUAUCGGUAUCAACGACCAACAGAGCUAUUGUUUGGGACUCUACAAAACCACACUCCCUGGAAACAUCGGUAUCGCGAGUCUCAACCACGCAUUCCUAGGCCCAAAGAAUAAACCAUUCUCUGGCGCUCUAAACCCCGGCAUAGAAGUCUUCCAUCAUACAGGCAAUCUCCCCGGCACCACAGCGUCAAUGUUCCUCCUCCCGGCUACACAAACAGCAAUCGUAGUCCUCACAAACUCGCUGCCUCUCUCAGACCCCACAGACUUCACAGGCCGGCUCAUCUUAUCAGCCCUCCUUAACGAGACACGGCCGACGAAUUUCCCAGACCUUUCGAAGAUGGUGAGGCAGAAUCAACUUCUCGCCUACGCUAAGCUCAUUUCUCAGCUUGAAAAGGGUAAGACUGGAGUACCGCCUCCAUUCCCCCUCUCUGCAUACGCAGGCGUCUACUUCAAUAAUUUGGGCAACUACAAUGUGCAAAUCAUACCCCAGGGCUCUGGUCUCCUAAUGAUCGUUCAAAAUAAACCACACACGCGUUUCGCUCUCUUGCCUUACGAUGGCAACACCUUCUACUGGCCAGCGAAUCGAGAACGAGAACUUUGUGUGGACCACGGGUUUCCGGUUCUUAGUGCUGGGUUCCACAAGAUUGUAUUUACCAGUAAUACUGAUGAUGUUGUGGAUAGGUUGAUUUGGGACUGUGAUCCUGGAGCUAAACCGAGUAUUUUCGAAAAGAAUUGGAAUGGUAGUAUGGCUAGGGAUGUCAAGCUCUGA